AUGAGCGGGAGUAAAAAUGACAAGAAGAUCCAGUCAAUAUUAGCAAUCCCCUUCAAAAGAAACACAUGUCGCGUCUGUGGCAUGGCAUAUAGCUUACAAGUACGCGCCGAUGUGGAAGUGCACAAGAGGUAUCAUACACAAUUUACAAGCGGAAUAACUUGGCCGACAUCACUCAAUUCCAAGCCACUAAACUCAUUUGUCGUAGUGCGUAGAGAAAAGUCAAGCGCGUUGGGGAAAUUGAAACGCACCAUCACCUCCAAGCGUUUCAAAGUCCACAUUCAAACAAUUGAUAAACGCAACAAAAGACAAGUGGAGAAAGUAGAGCAGAUAUUGGAAAUGGUCAAUAGAGAGCUAAAUGCUAGUUACGAUUCCAAAGAAUGGAAGUCGAGCGAACACGAAUCUAGUAAAGCGUUUGUCGUUCUAGUUGGAGGUAAAGCAGUUGGUCUAUGUACGACGGAUUCUAUAAAUGAAGCCAAUUGGAUGAUGCACAAAACUCAAACAAUCGUUCCUCAUCAAAUUGUGAAGAACAUUCGUAUAGGUGUUUCUCGAAUUUGGAUUUCUGCUGAUUGGAGGCAACACGGGUUGGGCAAAGAAUUGUUGAAUUGUGUAAUGGCAAACUCCAUUUAUGGUCAAGUAUUGCGCAAAAAUCAAAUAGCCUUUAGUCAGCCAAGUUAUAGUGGUGGACUCUUAGCCAAGUCAUUUAAUGGUGUAGUUCAUAAAAGCGGUGAAGUGUUGAUACCAGUUUAUCUCGAGAAAUGA